AUAUACAACAAGAGAGGAAUAUCGAUACAUAUAGCCCUAAACCAAAACCCAAUAAAACUAAAAGGAUAGCCAGACAGAUAGAAACUAUACAUUAUAGCUUGGAAAAGGCUAAAAGGCCAAAUCCUUACAAAUGA